AUGUCUAACGGAAAGGCUUUCAAGCUCAACAACGGCGUGACCAUCCCGGCCGUGGGUUUCGGAACGUUCGCAAACGAAGGCGCAGUCGGUGAGACGUACAAAGCAGUCACACACGCACUCAAGGUUGGGUACCGACAUCUGGACUGCGCGUGGUUUUACCAAAACGAGGACGAAGUCGGCGAUGCAGUUCGCGAUUUUCUCAAAGAGAACCCGAGCGUAAAGCGAAGCGACAUCUUCAUCUGCACAAAAGUCUGGAACAACCUCCACGAGCCGGAAGAGGUCAGGUGGUCGCUGCAGAGCUCUAUGGAGAAGCUGAAGGUGGAUUAUGUUGAUCUUUUCCUCAUUCACUGGCCGAUCGCUGCUGAAAGGGACGAGAAGUACAUGCCGAAGCUGAAUGAGAAGGGCCAGUAUGUGAUCAAGGAAGAGCUCACGAAGAACCCACGGCCGACUUGGAGAGCGAUGGAGGAGCUUUACGAAGCUGGCAAGGCGCGAGCUAUUGGUGUCUCGAACUGGACUGUCGAGGGACUGAAGGAGCUGCUGACCUACGCCAAGGUCAAGCCAGCUGUCAACCAGAUCGAGAUCCACCCAUUCUUGCCGAACGAGGAACUUGUCAAGUUCUGCUUCGACAAUGACAUCCUGCCAGAAGCAUACUCGCCGCUCGGAUCGCAGAACCAGGUCCCAACUACAGGCGAAAAGGUCAACACCAACCCCACGCUCAACCAGAUCGCAGAGAAGGGUGGCAACACACUUGCGCAGGUGCUCAUUGCUUGGGGACUUAGGAGAGGAUAUGUGGUUCUGCCGAAGAGCUCGACUCCAUCGCGUAUCGAGAGCAACUUCAAGAGCAUUGAGCUGAGCGAUGAGGACUUCGAUGCUGUCAACCAGCUUGCAAAGGGCCGUCACACUCGAUUUGUGAACAUGAAGGAUACUUUUGGUUAUGACGUCUGGCCAGGCGAGGCCGACAUUCCGGAUGUCAAGGCAUAA